UUGAUAUAAUAAUUAAAGGUCGACUGAACAUGAAUUAUAUUAUACAAUUUAAAGCGCAUUUCUGUUUAUGCACGCGAACCCGUUUAACGUUAUUGUUAUUUCGCAGUUAUAUAAAGUAGCAAAUUAUCGUUCCUGAAUAGGUGGCGCCGUGGUAGCAGAUCCUGUACUUCAAUUUCCGGUUUCUGCACUGUGCAACUAUUACAGUUGCAUUUUUAAUUAACGAUGCCAAGUACUUGUUGUUGUGUACCUGGAUGUCAUUUAAGAGGAGGACAUGCAUUUCCAAAUGACUUAAAAAGAAGGAAAAGUUGGAUCAACGCCAUGGCCCAUACGCAGAUUGGACGAGAACACGAUGAAAUCGUGGAGUCCAUCUCAAUCAGCUGUUGUUUGCAAGGCACAUUUUACUGAAAAAGACUACGUGCAGGAAACUAUUCAUGGGCACAAACCCACCAUACAGAGACUUAAGUCUACUGCCAAUCCCAGCCUAUUUUCCUGGACCAAGCAAGAGACUGAAUCGUCCGCAAAAAGAAAAAUCAGGGCAGUUUCCUGUGAAAACAAAAGAACUAAACUUGAUGAAUAUUGUAGUAGAAAUCUAGAGGAAAGUUUUGAUUGUAAAGUUGGUUUUCCUGAAGAAGGAAUUCAUACUGCAGACAGGAUUUAUGACUGUCCACCACCAACUGCCGAGCUAAUGUUGAGCUUCACAGAUGGAAUUACGCAAACACCAUCAAUGCCUAUAUUUUCAGCAGAGAAUUUUGAAAUGAAGACACGUGACACAGCCAUGCAUUUUUAUACCGGUUUAGAGUUGUAUACUAAAUUUUUAUUUGUUUUGACCACACUUGGUCCAACAGCACAUUGUUUGAGAUACAUAUAUUUUCAAAUUGAUAGGGUGUCAUUUGAAAAUCAGUUUUUUUAUGACUUUGAUGAAAUUGAUGCAUUAUACAACCAACUUUGAACUGUCUAGAUUCUAGAUUGAAACUAGUGUUAAGAAUAUUGUGUAAACAUGGAUUGUUUUUAUGUCUAAACAGUGGCGUGAGGCUAACACUUGGCCAUUUAGUGGUUUAGUCAGGUAUUUUUCGCCAUCCAACUUAGAAUUAAAGUUUCCUACAACUUGGAUUAUUAUUGACAGCACAGAAUAUCCCGUGAUAAAACCUAAAGCUCCUAGAGCUCAGGCAACCUUUCAUCAUAUAAAAACAGAAACACUGAAAAUACUUGUAUGUUCGACACCUGGUGGUUUAGUCAACUAUGUCUCUAAUGCAUAUGUUGGUUGUACCAGUGACUGUGAAAUAGUUGAAAGAUGUAGAAUAGUUCAAUUAUGUGAUCCAGGUGACAGUGUGAUGGCAGACAAAAGUUUAAAUGUGCAAGAUUUGUUUGCUCACUUUUUUCAAAAAAAGAAACAGAAUUAGUUCCAAAACUCUUAUACGGGAUAGAAAAGUCUCCAAUUAACACAUGCACAUAGAGCUAAUUAUUGGACUUGGCAAAACAUACAAAAUUCUAAUAAAUCCUAUGAAUGGAACUGAAACAAAACUUUCAUCUGAAAUAACAUUUAGUUGUUAUAUGUUGUGUAAUUUUAGAACUUGUAUUGUGCCAAAGGAUGCAUAAAUAAAAGUGACGCAAUGAAGUUUGUUCUGAUAUAUAUAUAUAAAUAUUAUUUACAAUUACAUGCACAUGUAAAUUGUAAUGCAUAUAAAAAUAAGGAGAUGUGGUAUGAUAUUCAGUGAGUUUAUCGAACCAAAGUGCAUAAGAAAUGGGUUAAGCAGUUACAGGUGUUACUGUCACCAUACAAUCUCCAACAAUUAGAAAAACUUGUACCGUGUAAAAAAUUUCAGAGAUCUUACAACUAAGUUUUGUUGUCUCACCUUGACUUUGGUGAAUUGUUUAUAUCUGUUGAUGUAAAUAUAAAAAAGAAGAUGUGGUAUGAUUGCCAAUGAGACAACUCUCCACAAGAGACCAAAUGACACAGAAAUUAACAGCUAUAGGUCACAGUACGGCCUUCAACAAUGAGCAAAGCACAUACCGCACAGUGAGCUAUAAAAGGCCCCGAAAUGACAAUGUAAAACAAUUCAAACAAGAAAACUAACGGCCUAAUUUAUGAACAAAAAAUGAACGAAUAACAAAUAUGCAACACAUAAACAAACGACAACCACUGAAUUACAGGCUCCUGACUUGGGACAGGCACAUACAUGUACAUACAGAAUGUGGCGGGGUUAAACAUGUUCGCGGGAUCCCAACCCACCCCCUAACCUGGGACAGUGGUGUAACAGUACAAUAUAAGAGCGAACUAUAAAAAUCAGUUGAAAGAGGCUUAACUCAUCAGAUGGAUAAAUACAAAUACAAGUGGACGUGGCCGGGUAGUUGUACAUCCAAACAACAAAAAGACACUAAGUACAGAUCUGAGAGUACUCGCAUUUACUGACAGCUAGUUCAAAGCCACAAACAACUGAUAAAAAAAUCUUGCAUCUAAGACUAAAUUAUCAAUCCGUAAGCUCCCUUUAGAAUUUUAUAAAUUUUAGAUUUUACAUUAUUGAGUUAUGGGCUUUUAUUCAUUAAAA